AUGGAUCACAGACUUUCCAGAGGCAGUUGGGUACCGGUGACCGGGCUGGUUAUCUGUCUACUUCUGUGUGCGUGUGUAGUGGACCUGGUUCUUGCGCAAAUUCGGUACUCCAUCCCGGAGGAGCUGGAGCAUGGAGCUUUUGUGGGUAACAUCGCCGAAGACCUGGGCUUGGAUGUAGCCAAGCUGUCGGCCCGUCGGUUUCGUAUAGUCUCCGGCGCAAACAAGCAAUACUUAGAAGUGAACUUGGAGAAUGGCAUUCUUUUCGUCAACGAAAAGAUAGACAGAGAGGAGCUGUGUGAACGAAGUCCGAGCUGUUUUUUACACUUACAAGUGGUCAUUGAAAACCCAUUAGAACUGUACAGAGUGGAAGUGGAGAUUUUAGAUGUGAAUGACAACUCUCCCAGUUUCCCAUGGAGCGAGUUUAAUCUUGACAUCACAGAGUCGGCUGCGCCUGGCUCCUGUUUCCCGUUAGAGAGCGCACAGGACCAGGACGUGGGCACCAACUCUCUGCGCUCCUACCAGCUAAGCGCAAACGAGCACUUCGUACUGAAUAUCCAGACGCGCAAUGAUGGAAGCAAGUUUGCUGAGCUCGUGCUGGACACCCCACUGGACCGGGAACAGCAGAAAAAGCAUGAAAUGGUUCUGACAGCCUUCGACGGGGGGUCACCGGAGCGCUCAGGGACAGCACUGAUAACUAUUACAGUGUUAGACGCAAACGAUAACGUGCCCGUGUUUGACCGCUCGGUUUACCGGGCGAGCCUGGUGGAAAACGCACCGAGGGGGACACUGGUGCUGAAGCUGAAUGCCACAGACCUGGAUGAGGGCUCUAACGGGGAGGUGACCUACGCCUUUAGCGGGCACGCACCACUCAAGGUGCGCGAACUAUUCAGUGUGGACCCGUACACAGGUGAAAUCCGAGUGAAGGGCAUUGUGGACUAUGAGAAAGCCAGUGUAUAUGAGCUAUAUGUGCAGGCAAAAGACAGAGGACCUUCGGCUGUGGCAGUACACAGUAAAGUGCUGGUAGACAUCCUGGAUGUGAAUGACAACGCACCCGAAGUCAUCCUCACAUCUGUGUCCACUCCUGUCCAGGAAGACGCGCCACCGGGCACGGUGAUAGCUGUUAUCAGUGUCAUGGACCGGGACUCGGGAGAGAACGGAAACGUUGAUUGCCAAAUUCCGAGCAACGUUCCCUUUCAGCUCCAUUCCUCGUUUAAAAACUAUUAUACUCUGGUGACAAGCGAGUUUCUGGACAGGGAAGCGGUGUCCGAGUACAACAUCACCCUCACAGCCCGCGACUUGGGCUCUCCUUCGCUCUCCACCAGGAAAACAAUCCUCGUUCAAGUGUCAGACAUUAACGACAACCCCCCGCGGUUCUCUCAACCUUCAUACACAGUUUACGUGACCGAGAAUAAUGCCCCGGGCGCUUCCAUUUGCUCUGUAACUGCAUUCGACCCGGAUUCAAACCAGAACGCCUAUCUGUCGUAUUCUAUUCUCGAGGGUCAGAUUCAGGGCAUGCCCGUGUCCACUUAUGUCUCCAUCAACUCUGACAACGGCAAUAUCUACGCAUUGCGCUCUUUUGAUUAUGAACAACUUAGAAACUUUCAGAUUCUGGUCCAGGCGCAGGACGCUGGUUUCCCCCCUCUCGCCAGCAAUGUCACAGUCAACGUCUUUGUCUUGGACCAGAACGACAAUGCACCUGUCAUUGUAUCCCCGCUGCCCAAAAACGGCACAGUGGCCACAGAGGUGGUUCCGCGGUCAGUAGACGCCGGGUAUCUGGUGACCAAGAUAACAGCGUUAGACGCGGACGCGGGGCAAAACUCCCGACUGUCUUAUCAGGUAUUACAGGCUACAGACCCGGGACUGUUCAGUGUGGCUCUGUACACGGGCGAAAUCAGGACUAUUCGCCGGUUAGUGGAAAAAGACGCAACAAGGCAAAGGCUGGUAAUAUUAGUCAAGGACAACGGGCAGCCGCCGCUCUCCGCCACCGUCUCCAUUGUCCUCACAGUGGUAGACAGCGUACCCGAGUCGCUGUCAGAUUUCGGAGAUCUCACACUCAGCCCACAGCCCCCCUCAAACCUCGCUCUUUACUUGAUCGUGUCACUGAGCACGAUAUCUUUAAUAUUCCUAGUGGCUAUUAUCGUGCUGGCCGCGGUGAAGUGCUACAAGGACAGGGAGACCAUCAGCGGGUACAACCUGCCCCCGUUCGCCUGCUGCUGUUGCGGGGGGUUUCAGCCUGAGCCGCCCCCGGAGGUGUUCAAAAAAUCCAACCUCAACCUGCAGAUUUCAUCCGCAGCCAAAGUGCCCACAAACUGCAUGGAGGUGAAUGGAAACAGCAGUCUCUCGCAGUCAUAUUGUUAUAAAGUGUGCCUGACCCCUGAAUCUGCAAAAAGUGACUUUAUGUUUUUGAAGCCGUGCAGCCCGGGCAGCACACCGAGGAACAACGAGGCGAAGAGCGCAGAAAACUCGUGGAACGCGCAAAGCCGGAGCGCAUCUGUGAACAACGGAGCAACUACUCCCAAUGAGCUGAAGCAGCCAAACACAGACUGGACUCUCACAAAAAAUCAGAACUCCUCUAUUAAAAGUUACAACUCCAUCAACAUGGAUGGCACCCUUAUGCGUAAGGCCAUGCAUGCAGACCCAGAAAACUAUGUCACCUCCAUGGCACCUGGACAGUACUGGACCUGGGGUACUCACAUGAGAGGCAUGAAAGAAUAUAAGAUGUCUCCUUCAACAAGUGGGGUCCCGUCUCGCCCCUGGACUCCUCGGUGCACACCUCCUCCCCAGCAGCAGCAGCCAUCGAUCCCCUCCCACCCUCACCCACACCCGCCGCCUGACUACCACCACAAUGUGUACAUCCCGGGGACACCAUCUGGCUUUUGCACCCUGAGGCCCGCUGCACAGCGAAGUGAGCUGGACGUCCACAACUCGUUCUCCACCUUUGGCAAGAAACGACGUCUUCAGAUGUCCCCCCAGGGAGAGGCUGCGAUUAUAAAUAAUGACCUGUACAACGACUGA